AUGAUAUAGUAAUUGGCAAAGACAAUAGAAAUGCUUAAAGUGCCACCAAGUCGAGAAGUAGACAUUCACCCUUUAGCUUGUACCAAAAUCUAACACACAAGAACUCCAGUCACUCCAAAGACCAUUCUCUCUUUCAAAGUUUAUCGAAUAUUUCUAUACUUAGACAACAAGAUAAACACAAAUCAUGACUAUUAACCAUCCAUUGAUGUACAAGACCUCAACGGACCUUCUUAAUCCAGACAAUCUCAUUAAAGAAAUAAAACCGAUGCUGACAGAUCGACUAACUUAAACAACAGGAUCUCCCUAUUAAGUAGAUAAAUAUUCAAUUACAUAAGGAAACAAUGCAAUCCAAAGAAAUAGUUAGAGCACACUAAAUAAGAUUUCAACAAAUAAGAUUAACAGACUCAGAGCAGUUAAAUUGAAUCAAACAAGAGUACAAAGAGAUAUUUAGGAUAGACACAAUAAAUAGUACAUUAAACUCGAUUUCGAAGACUAAUAAUUAUUCAAACCUUACAAUUAUCUAAGUAUUCUAUGUCCCAAAUAUUAGUAAUUAAUUCUUAUGCCAACGAUAAAGACAGGCUCUCCUAUGAAGGAUCUCGUUAAGAUAGUCAACAAAAACAAAGAAAUGAAUCAAUAAGUUAUACCGACUCGAAAUAAUUUAAAUAAUCGACAAUUAAAUAAAUAUAAGAUUUUCACUCAACCAAAUUAGAUUAACUUAAUUUAAAUAAACAAGAGGAUUAUAUGAAAUUUUCCUUUGGGUUUCAAUGCACUAAGAUCAAAUCUACCAAAAAGUUCCCAAAGGAUAUAUUUUACAAUGAUGUAAGGAAAGCAAAGAAAUGUCUAUCAAAUUAAUGA